CAUCUUCCCUUUCGGCUCCUACGCGCCGAGGAACAAGGUCGUGAAAAGAGGAGGGCUUCGUGGUGCUGCCGUUUGUACCGUCUUUGGGCUCUGUGCUUUUCGCAGAACCUCCAACGGCGGUAUGUUGGGACAGAGCAUCCGGAGGUUCACAACCUCUGUGGUCCGUAGGAGCCACUAUGAGGAGGGCCCAGGAAAGAAUUUGCCAUUUUCAGUGGAAAACAAGUGGCGAUUACUAGUUAUGAUGACUUUGUACUUUGGAUCUGGAUUUGCUGCACCUUUUUUUAUAGUAAGACAUCAACUGCUUAAGAAGUAAGGAUGUUUUACUUGAUCCAUCAAACAGAUGUGGAAAGGAACAUUUUAAGAGGCGCAGUCUCUUUGAAAAACGGAUCAAACUCUUGAAUUCAACAUACUCAAUAUGUUUGUAAAUAAACUUAUGGCAUGAAUCCUUAAUGCCUCGUCUCUGAAACAUGGAAUAUAAUAAUUGUGCUUACUUUUUUAUUUGAGAAAUAGUCCAGGAUUAGUUUGUUUCAUCAAAAUAUGUGUGUGAUUUAGCCUCUUUCUUGUUUUUAGAUUUUAAGGGUUUAUUUAAUUUUUGAUUACUAGGUCUGGACCUUGUUGGUAAUUUUUUUUUUAAUUAAAAAAGGAAGAAGUGCACUUUUAGUUUUCCUUACUUUAAAGCAGUAAAAUUGGUUUUCUUCAUGAGUGAUAAUUAAUCAUGAGGAAAACCAGUAGUGUGUACACAGUGAAGUCCAAGAGGUUAUUUUUGUCCUUCAGAACUGUGAUCUAAAACUAAAAUUUGGCCUUGAUAAGUUUGCUCUUGACCAAUACUAGUUUUGUUUAGACUAAAAUAAAAGUAGAAUAUAUGAAAUGUAAUAGCUUCUAAGACGGAAUAUGGAAAUAUUCCUUAAUUCUGGAAUUUUAGUAGGAAUGGACUAAAAGAUGGCUCUGAUUUGUAGUUGAAUCAGUGAAUCAAAUUUAUAUUAUGAAUAGUGAAAUGCUGUUAGCCACAUAAAAUGUAAUGACUUCGUUCCUAGGGCUUUGAAUUGGGGCAGAGAAAAGAUAGUGGCUGAAUGUUUUAGUCCUAGUUUGGUCAUUUUUGGAAUACCACUCUGGUAUUAGAAGAAUGCUGUAAAGUAGAGGUUGUAAACUGGUGGUCCGUUUGAGUGCUAGACUUUUUGUGAUUAGGUGUACUGUAGUUUUUAAACCAAUAUUUAAAAACUAGAAUAGUUACAAGAAAGUCUAUGGAUUCUUGAAAAAUUGCUGUGGGUGUUCUAUAUCCUUUCAUAGAACAAAGCUACUGCCUAAAUUAGUCCUCACCAUAACAUUAGAUGUCCUGUAUAUCCCUAAUGUUAAACUGUUGAUUUGCUGGAACCUUAAAGAACUUUUUUCCUCUAAGUUUAUGUGACGGGGCCUAUCUUGACACUCUUUAAUAACCAUGCAAUAGCUGCUUAAGUAUGGAUAUAUAAUUAAAUCUUUAUGACUGCGCAGUU